AGCCUACGUUUUUGCUGCUACAGGGCCGCAAAAAGGUCCAUCCCGUGCAACUGGGCGGCGCUGAGAGCUUUGCUGGAAGCGAUUGCACCACCAUGGGCCGGAUACUGCGCCAGAUCGCCUGCGCGGCGGGCGUCAUGGCUUUAGUGCCCACAUCAAGGCAGCUCCACAAGCCCAGCGCGCGCGGCCCGCGGCGGUCGACGCUGCAGAUGGCGUCGCAGCUCGAGACCUUGGAGCCCCAGCUUAAAAGAGUGGUCAUCACGGGCAUGGGCAUCGCGCAGUGCAUGAAUCAAUCGUCGCGGCGCGUCCGCCGCUGCUGAAUCCUGGCCUCCACGCCGUCGACGCGACGCCAGCGCGACGGCAUGGCGGCGCGGUCUCUCUCACUGCUCGCACGGCGGGUUAAGCCGAGAAGAAAGGACUGAGUGAAGACUUAUCGUGCAUCCCACUCACUGGUCGAUUUUCGCGCAGGCAUCGUCUCGUGCUUAGGCAACACGCUCGACGACGUCGCCGACAGCCUCUACCACGCGCGGAGCGGCAUCAAGCACAUGCCCAAGUACGCCGAGAUCGGCAUGAAGUCCCAGGUCGCCGGACGGCCCGAGCUCGACCUUAACGAUAAAGAGACGAUCGGCAAGAUUAUUGAUAGAAAAAGCGCCAGAUUUAUGGGCGACAACGCGAAGUAUGCGUUUCUGUCCAUGCACGACGCCAUCGAGGACGCGCAGCUGCCCAAGGAGGCCUACCAGAACAACCCGCGCGCCGGCGGCAUCCUCGGGCAGGGUGGCACGAGCAUCCCGGACGUCGGCGAGACGCUGGACGCGGUGAGCGCGGGCAAGCUCAAGAAGAUCGGCCCCUACCGCGUGACGCGGACCAUGGGGUCGACCGUGUCGGCGGUGCUGGCGACGGCGUUCAAGCUGCAAGGGCUGUCGUACUCGGUGUCGAGUGCUUGCUCGACGGGCGCGCACUCGAUCGGCAUGGGCAUGGAGCAGAUCCAGCUCGGCAAGCACGACGUCAUGUUCUGCGGGUCUGGGGAGUUGGAGAACUGGGGCAGCACGAUCAUGUUCGACGGCAUGGGUGCUCUGUCCUCGAAAUAUAAUGAUGACCCUACUCAUGCCUCUAGAGCGUUUGAUAAAGAUCGGGACGGCUUCGUGAUCGCCGCGGGCGGUGGUGUUGUGAUUGUCGAGGAGCUCGAGCACGCGAAGGCGAGAGGCGCGAAGAUCUACGCGGAGCUCGUAGGUUACUCGGCGACGAGCGACGGCUACGACAUGGUCGCGCCGUCCGGCGAGGGCGGCAAGCGCGCCAUGCGCGAGGCCAUCGCCAUGGCCAACCGAUUAGGUGGCGAGAAGAAGGUCGACUACAUUAAUACGCACGGCACGUCUACGCCGGUCGGCGACGUCGCGGAAUUGGGCGCGAUCAAGGACCUCUUCACGUCUGAGUUCGACUACAUUCCGAACAUCGGCUCGACGAAGUCGUUGUCGGGCCACGCUUUGUCCGUCGCUGGUGUCCACGAGGCGAUCUAUUCGUUACUGAUGAUGGACCGGGGCUUCUUGGCCGAAUCCGCGAACAUCUUCAACAUCGUCGACGAGGCCGAGGGGUUGCCGAUCCUUACCGAAAGAAAGGAGGGGCCCGUCUCGCGGGUCAUGUCGAACUCGUUCGGGUUUGGCGGGACGAACGCCUGUUUGGUCUUCGACAAGUACGAGGGCUAGGGCGCUAGUUAUAGUGGCGUGUAAGGAGCGCUAUCUAAA